AUGUACAUACCGGAGAAACUGGCUCUGCUUAUCCCUCGACAGCAACCUCCCGUCCACAAGUCACCAGCAGUGCUCGGCGUCACCACCCCAAUAGUCGGGGUCUUUGCCGCAUUCCUGGGCUAUCUCUGCUGGCGCGCGAAGAAGCGGCGACGCAGGCCGGGGCGUAGCCGCGAUUCCGGGCCCAUCGUGAGCGCCAACGGCUUCAUCCUAGGCGACGUCUGGGACGACGGUGGAGGCUUCGACCCCGAUCCGAGGAGGGGAGCCCGAGGCCCGUCUGCACCAGACACGUUUAUCCGCAGCGAUGUGUGGGAUGACGGUGGAGGGUUCGACCCUGACCCGCGCAGAAGCAGAAACCCCGGCACCGAAAUACUCCUAGACGACGUGUGGAACGACGGCGAGUCGGACGGGCACGUAGAUGUGCACCCCGGCAGGCGCGACCGCCGGCACAGCACCAGACCCCGACGCCGCAGCACAGACGACAGCCACCGGCACCGCCACCGCAACAGGCCAUCCCGCCGGCGGCGCAGCUCAAGCAAUUACCGCCGGCGCAACGGGAGACACCGCCGGCGGCGCAGCACAGACGACUACGGCGGUGGGCACGGCGGCGAUCGACAUGAGAGGAUCCAAGGGGACGUGUGGAACGACGGCGAGGAGAACGGGCACGUGGACCGCGCGCGGGGCGGGCGGGAGCCGUCCAUCGCGCACAGCGUCACGGGCAACAGCCACGUGUUUGGCACCGACGACAUUGACGACCGGAGCUUCCGGACCGCCACCGUGAGCGUCGACGAGCCCUCCGAGAUGCCCACGUUUCCGGUGCGCGCUCACCUCCCCGGGGCGCCGGCCAACAUGGGCGGUCGUGGAGUUGAUGAUGAUUUGUUCAGUGAGGACGGCAGCGAGAUGGGCGAGGCCGCUCAGAAUCGGCUAGCCUUGGCGUUGAGGCGGGCUCUACAUGGAGGUGCACCCAUGCAAUGA